CUCAAGUUCUCCGCUGCUAGUUAGUUUUUAGUUGUCUUUUUCCUUGAUAACAUACUGGUGAUGGCUAAUCAACUAGCUAGUUUAUGAGUUUGGACAUCAGUGCGUCGUAUUAGCUCUAGAUUGCCUGUACUGUGUAGCGUAAUGCACCCUACAGCCAGCCCGAAGUUGAUAACACUACAAGUAGCGGCUUCUCUCAGCACCGCCAGGGACUUGACGCUGGGCAGCUCGGGUUACACUGGUAUACAGUUAGGCCAAGGCAGCUAUGGACCGCUCUCCGGUAGUCAUUGUCCGGGGUUACAAUUACCAGGAGGAAGGCUGCCCGCAGUCAAGCCGAUACAUGUCCAUACAUCAAGGAGAAAAUUCCCUCAGAACGACUCCAGGGACCGAAAGGAUUCCAACUGGAAUGUAGAGGGGUCUACUUCCUCCUUCCCUGGCAGAGAGGUGUGUCCUUUGUCCCGGCUGGGCUCCUCAGAUAACUACCCAGAGAAAGACAUCUGUGGGAGACACUUUCUGUUUGAUAAGACAUGGAAGAAUGACAACAGGAUGUAUCCCAAGUAUGAUUUCAGAGAUGAGCGUCCCCUGAAGCCUAGCGGCUCCAUCCCUCCCCUGCCCAGAGACUACCAGAUCCACCGGUCGGGUCACCUGCACCACUAUACCCUCCACAAGGAGCUUUCCCAUGCCCCUGCUCGCCCCUGCGCCUUUGGCUCUUAUGAGGCCUAUGACCUGACGUCAGUUCCUGCCAUCCUGCUGCCAGCUGCAGCCUCGCUCAAUGGAAGAAACCCCUCAACAGAAGGCUACAAGAACAGACCAAGAGUAAAUAACAGAACCUGCAGUCUUUUCACAAUAGGAGCUAAUCAGAAAUGUAAGUAUAAUUUAAAAAAAACGAAGUAUUAAGUGAAGUAGGCAUUUGUCUGAAGCGGGGGGAAAAAAAGUGAGUUCACACGAGCACCACAAUGCUUAUUUCACCCGUGCUAUACCAAGGGUUUCCAGCACGCGGCUUUGUCCUACUACAGUAGCUAUGUUUGUCUAUUGUACGUCAAUGUGUAUGCAGGUUUCUUAAGAUUAAAACCUUCUCAAACAAUCAUAAUUCAUACUCUAAAGAGGAGGUUCUUCCACAAUAAUGUGAUUAGUACGGCAUACAAGUUAACGUAUUGGAUUCUUAACACACCACCCUAAUCCCAUUCCACUGUUUUCAAACGUUUUUUUGCAUUAUAUGAAAACAAGCUUUGCUUUUAAACUUACAAGAUCACCGUGCUUGAUUUAGCAAACUGUUUUGUCUUGUAGUAAUGUGGUCCCUGCCUGUAUUUCCUUAAACCUUUAUGUUUAGCAGUACAUUUCAUUGAGGGGGAAAAAAUACAGUAUAUAUAUCAUAAAAUAUCUUUGGGGGGGUCAGUAGGUGGCCAACAUAAAACCUGGUUGUGUGUAGUACAGUCACUCAUAUACAGUGCCUUCAGAAAGAAUUCACACCUCUUGACCUUUAUGUAUUUUGUUACAGCCUGAAUAAAAAUAAUUGAUGAAAUAUAUUUUU